GACUUGGGGGGGAAGAUUAAACAAAUGGCUAAUCGAAAUCUGGAGAAAUUGGCAUCUAUUGAUGCUCAGUUGAGGCUUUUAGUUCCUGGAAAAGUUUCUGAGGAUGAUAAGCUUAUUGAGUAUGAUGCUUUGCUUUUGGAUAAGUUUCUUGAUAUCCUUCAAGAUUUACAUGGGGAGGAUCUCAAAGAAACGGUUCAAGAAUGUUAUGAGCUUUCUGCUGAGUAUGAAGGAAAGCGCGAUCCGAAAAAGCUGGAGGAGCUUGGAAGUGUGUUAACAAGUUUAGAUCCAGGGGACUCCAUUGUUAUUGCGAAAGCUUUUUCUCACAUGCUUAAUUUGGCCAAUCUGGCUGAAGAGGUUCAGAUUGCUUACCGUCGUAGGAUUAAACUGAAGAAAGGUGAUUUUGCUGAUGAAGCCAAUGCAACAACUGAAUCUGAUAUCGAAGAAACUCUCAAGAAACUUGUGCAUCAACUUGGGAAGUCCCCUGAAGAAGUUUUUGAUGCACUCAAGAAUCAAACAGUUGAUUUGGUCUUGACUGCUCAUCCAACUCAAUCUGUCCGAAGAUCUUUGCUUCAAAAGCAUGGAAGGAUUCGUGACUGUUUGGCUCAGUUGUAUACCAAGGAUAUCACUCCUGAUGAUAAACAGGAACUAGAUGAGGCUUUGCAUAGAGAAAUUCAAGCUGCUUUCCGCACAGAUGAGAUCCGUAGGACUCCUCCAACCCCACAAGAUGAAAUGAGAGCUGGAAUGAGCUACUUCCACGAAACAAUCUGGAAGGGUGUUCCUAAAUUCUUACGACGUGUGGACACGGCUCUUAAGAACAUUGGAAUCAAUGAACGUGUUCCGUACAAUGCCCCUCUUAUACAGUUCUCUUCCUGGAUGGGCGGUGACCGUGAUGGCAAUCCGAGGGUAACUCCUGAGGUAACAAGGGACGUUUGCUUACUCGCUAGAAUGAUGGCUGCAAACAUGUACUUUUCCCAGAUAGAAGAUCUAAUGUUUGAGAUGUCCAUGUGGCGUUGUAACGAUGAGCUUCGUGUUCGGGCUGAAGAACUAUAUAGAACAGCAAGGAGAGAUGUGAAGCACUACAUAGAGUUCUGGAAACAGGUUCCUCCCACGGAACCUUAUCGUGUGAUUCUUGGUGACGUAAGGGACAGGUUAUAUAACACACGUGAACGAGCUCGCCAUCUUCUCGCCCACGGGAAAUCCGACAUUCCAGAGGAAGCAGUUUAUACCAAUGUUGAACAGUUCUUGGAACCUCUUGAGCUAUGCUACAGAUCUCUUUGCGCUUGUGGUGAUGUUGUGAUUGCUGAUGGAAGCCUUCUCGAUUUUCUAAGGCAAGUGUCGACCUUUGGACUGUCGCUUGUGAAACUUGAUAUACGUCAAGAAUCUGAUCGCCAUACGGACGUCCUCGAUGCCAUUACUCAACAUUUGGAAAUUGGGUCUUACCGUGAGUGGUCUGAAGAAAAGCGCCAAGAAUGGCUUCUGGCGGAGCUUGGUGGAAAACGGCCUCUUUUUGGUCCGGAUCUCCCCAAAACUGAGGAAAUAGCGGAUGUUUUAGAUACCUUAAAUGUCUUGGCCGAACUCCCAUCGGAUUGCUUCGGUGCUUACAUCAUUUCAAUGGCUACAGCAGCUUCCGAUGUGCUUGCUGUCGAGCUUCUUCAACGUGAAUGCCAUGUGAAAAAAUCGUUAAGGGUGGUUCCGCUUUUCGAGAAACUGGCCGAUCUUGAGGCGGCUCCGGCGGCCAUGACUCGACUUUUCUCAAUCGACUGGUACAAAAACCGCAUCAACGGUAAGCAAGAAGUCAUGAUCGGAUACUCUGAUUCGGGAAAAGAUGCCGGAAGGCUUUCUGCUGCAUGGCAGCUAUACAAGGCUCAAGAAGAGCUUAUUAAGGUUGCAAAGGAGUUCGGAGUUAAGCUCACCAUGUUCCACGGCCGCGGUGGAACCGUUGGGAGAGGAGGCGGACCUACCCAUCUCGCCAUCCUGUCUCAGCCACCGGAGACCAUUCAUGGGUCUUUAAGAGUCACGGUUCAGGGUGAGGUCAUUGAGCAAUCUUUCGGUGAGGAACAUUUGUGCUUUAGAACACUCCAACGUUUUUGCGCAGCUACUCUCGAGCACGGGAUGAAUCCCCCGAUCUCACCUCGACCUGAAUGGCGUAAACUUAUGGACGAGAUCGCAGUUUUUGCAACCGAGCAGUAUCGUUCUAUCGUAUUCCAAGAACCACGUUUCGUCGAGUAUUUCCGCCUCGCCACACCAGAACUGGAGUACGGACGUAUGAAUAUCGGAAGUCGGCCAUCAAAAAGAAAACCGAGUGGAGGCAUAGAAUCACUCCGAGCCAUUCCAUGGAUCUUCGCAUGGACUCAAACCAGGUUCCAUCUCCCCGUUUGGCUCGGCUUCGGGGCUGCAUUCAAAUAUGCCAUUCAAAAGGACAGCAAGAAUCUAAAAAUGCUACAAGAAAUGUACAAAACCUGGCCUUUCUUUAGGGUCACCAUUGAUUUAGUCGAAAUGGUGUUCGCUAAAGGAGAUCCCGGCAUUGCCGCACUGAACGACAAGCUCCUCGUCUCCGAAGAUCUAUGGUCUUUCGGAGAAUCUUUGAGAGCAAACUAUGAAGAAACCAAGGAUCAUCUCCUCAAGAUCGCUGGACAUAAGGACCUUCUCGAGGGCGAUCCUUACUUGAAACAAAGACUUCGUCUGCGUGAUUCAUAUAUCACUACCUUGAACGUAUGCCAAGCUUACACGCUAAAACGAAUUCGUGAUCCAAACUAUCAUGUGACAUUGAGGCCUCAUAUCUCGAAAGAGUAUUCUGAGCCAAGCAAACCGGCCGAUGAACUGAUCACCCUGAACCCGACCAGCGAGUAUGCACCAGGUCUGGAGGACACCCUGAUCCUGACCAUGAAGGGCAUUGCUGCCGGUAUGCAGAACACCGGUUAACUGCCCACCUUAUGCAACUAUAUCGGGGGUUUUCCGCCUUUCGACAUCGAAAAAGACGUUGUCACGGCCGUGUUUAAACGUAUUCUCAGAGUUAUUUUCUUGUCUUCACCUCUGAUUACUGAAGUUGUACUAUAGGCACCCAUCAAUGGUACUUUCACCAAUAAAACCAGUGGAUUAUAUUGUACACUUUAUUACAAGUUCUAUAUAAAUUGCUUCACUUUCUUCUUA